AUGAGUGCAGACUCCAGUGAUUCUAAUCACUCGUCUAAAUGUACAGAAGAAGUGUUUAAAGAAAGUACAUGGAAUAUUAUUCGUAAAAUAGUCAUGCUUCUAUUAUCAUGUAUAUUAUUAAUAGCUAGUUGUUUCUUUGCAUUUUUUGAAAGUAGAAGACAAGGGAAUGUCAUGAAUGCAGUAGAAGAAGUAUUAGAAGUAAGAAAACAACGAUUAAAUCUUCAUAAAAGAAGAUACGGUUCAUAUGGUUCAAUACGAUUUAAUUAUGAUGGAAUACCAAGAAGGAUGUAUUAUACUCCACCUCGACCAAAUAGAAAAGAAACAUUAAAUGAAAUGCAAACACAUAGAAAGAGAAAAAUGAUUAAUGAUGUAGAUGAAGAUUUAGAACGAUUGAAUAAUAAUCAAGCAUAUAUUAGAAGAGUAGUACCACCUGAAUUAUGGAAGAGAAUUGAAGAUGUUGCAUUUGAACCAAAUGUAGUAAGAAGAUAUGAAAAGUUGCAAGAUAUUCUAGUACCAGAAGCUAUUACUACUCAUUCAUCCAAAGAUUAUUAUCAUAAAAUUCAUAUUGGUGCAAGAACAAAUAGAAGUGAUAAUAAAGGUACCAUCUUUAAACCAUCUGAUUUUGAAAGAAGAGGAUUAUAUCAAUAUUUACAUAAACAACCUCAUUUUAAUAAAAUAGAAAGUGGGAAAGAGAAAUAUGAAAUGAUGAAGAAUGUUUAUAAUCAAUUAGAACGAUGGGGAACAAGUGAUGAUCGUACUGAUUAUGAAAAAGUAUUACUUAGAGUAUCACCUGAUGAUGAUAAAAUUAAUCAUUUUAAAACAAUAAAUGAAACAUUAAAUAUUAUAAUAAAUAAUCAAUUAUCUUCUUUCUUUGGUUUACUUUCUUCUUCUUUCUUUUUAUCUUUUAAUACAAAUUUAGUUUUGUAUUCUUUCUUUGGUACUUCUGGUGUCUUUACUUUUUUAAUCUGUGGUUUAUCCCACAUUAAGCCUUUCUUUCUGGCUAUUCUAUACACCAAGCUCCAAUAUGGCUUUUUUAAUCCUUUUAAUUCAUCUUCCUUGGUGUAUUCCUCAAUGGAGUUUACUAAUUUGAUCAUUGUGUCUAUGAGUUCAUCUGCAUCCAUAGAUACAAACUUACCCAUAGCAUGGUCAGCAAUCAUGUCUUUGAUGGUUGUCAUGUAUGAAUGA